GUAAGGUCCAUGACGAGUGUACUUGACCUUCUCCAGCGGUGAUCUGACCUGUGUUGGCACGGACAACUGCACCUUCAAUGCUAACCAGAAGGCCCUGGGAAAGGACGACUUCCGUAAAAUCCCCAACGGUGUCAACGGCGUGGAGGACCGCAUGUCCAUCGUGUGGGAGAAAGGAGUGCAUGCUGGGAAGCUUGACGAGAACCAGUUUGUUGCGGUGACGAGCUCAAACGCUGCCAAAGUCUUCAACCUGUACCCCAGGAAGGGUCGUAUUGCUGUAGGUUCAGAUGCAGACAUUGUGGUGUGGGACCCGGAGGCUACCAGGAAGAUCUCUGCUGCUACUCACCAUCAGGCGGUGGACUUUAACAUCUUUGAGGGCCAGGUGUGCCAUGGUGUUCCUGUGUAUGUGCUGAGCCGAGGCAUGGUGGUGGUGGAGGAUGGUGGGCAUGUCAUGGUCACACAGGGGGCUGGCAAGUAUAUCCCCAGGUAACAUCAGGAAAGCUCAUGAGAUGUGCA